AUGCGCCUCUUCCUCUUGCCAGUCUCGACGAGACGAGCGCUCAUAUACGGCCAGCCCCUCACAAAGCAAGUCGCCAACAAGCUUUCCUACACAGACAGAGUGACGCUGAAGGUUGCUGAGACAUGGUCGAAGUGGGAGGAAGCCGAAAAAGGGUGGAAGAAAUCGCUGGUCACCUGGGGCAAUACUGUUCAGCAGCGGAUCCCCUAUGAAGAAUGGGGCCUGAAGAGCAUCCCUCCUUUGAACGAGCGGCGACGCAUCGAAGAGACGACUCAGGGUAAAAAGAUCGAUCUGUUGUUUCCAGGAAAUGCGAUCAAGCCCGAUAAGGUCAUAGCAGCUGUGAGAAAGCUGGCCACGGAGAGACAGGAUCUCCAUCGGAAGAGGAUGUGGUGGAGUUUGAUAAUCGCGCCCUUCACAGCGCCAAUUGCGUUGAUCCCAGUAGUACCCAAUAUACCCUUUUUCUACCUGGCGUACCGCGGCUGGUCGCACUGGCGAGCGUUGAGCGGAUCGAAGCAUCUACAGUUCUUAGUGGAAAACAAUCUACUAAAUCCAAUACCUUCGCCGGAAAUCGAGCGCGUCUACGAAGGAGCUGUUGCCACCUUUGGUGCGAAAGCGGAUCUGGAGAAGACAACAUCCUCGACAGCAUCCGUCGAAGAGAUCGAGGAAAAGGACGAGAAGAUCUUGCUCAAUCUCUGCGACGGCAAGGAACUGGCAAAAAUACUGAAUGCCCCAGAACUCGUCGUGGAAGUCGAGCGUGCAGUGACGCAGAUCAGUAAAAAGUUGAAACAGGAACACGCGCUAGUCGAGGACGGCAAGAAAUUGGAAUCUUCGAAGAACAAGAACAAAGAAACGAAAUAA